AUGGCGUCCUUCACUGGCGAGAACGCGGUGGCCCUUUUCAUCAAGCUCUACUCCCUCUUCACGCAGUCCUUGGGCGUGAAGCUGCCGCGGGCUGUCAACAGCGAGCACCAGCACACCUUCGCCACCCUGUCCCUGGCGCUGGCGGGCGGCGGCCACAACCACGGCAUGCUGCAGUCCCUGCUUCACAUCUGCCGCCGCAGCCGCAAGGUCUGCGAGUGCCUGCCGCGCCUGGACCGGCCCCGGCGGGUGGUCUUCGUGCGGCAGUGGAAGGCCAAGCUCAUCGCCAUGCACAGGAAGCUGAUGGUCUUGGCCCAGCAGCCCGAGAUCCAGAUGGCCCAGGAGAGCCCCGAAGGCAAGGACGAGCUCUUUGGCCACCGCCCUGACGAGGAGGAGGUGCCAGUGUUGCAGGGCGUGGGCGACGAGCACGGCGCGGAGUCCCGGAGCUGA